CAAAUGCCUAGUCCACAGUCAUUUACAAUUAUACCCUUCAUGGUGCUGAACGGGGAAGGGUUCAAGAAAUCCUCGGGCGCGAAAAUCUUCAGCUAGGGUUUUGCCCCAAUCCUGAGGCAGCGUUGAAUUCUUUAUUCCUGAGGGGGGGACAAAAAUCGAAAAUUGAUUAUUUGAUCAUAAUUUACAGAAUUUUCGCCUACUUUGUUGAUGCAUUUGGUUAAUCGACAUGGACAAAAGGAGAAAGGUGAAGUUUUUGGAUCCUGAACCUAGUGGGAAACAACAUUUGCCCUCAUGUCGAACCAAAAGGGCUCACUCUCUUAAUGCUGAUGAUGCGAAGACUUCUGAAUUCAAAACAUUUAAGAGACUUUUGGGAGAAACUGACAGUAAAUGUAAUGUUAAUUGCAUUUCUAAGCAAGUCAAGAAAUUGAAAACUUUUGAAGGGAAUGAGUCCUUGCAAGAAAAGAAUGAAGCUGUUACAUUUAUAUCUGAUGCGAAGCGGUCUUCCCCUUGCUUGAGGAGCUCAAAGAAAUUGGAAUCAGUUGAUAACGGCAAAUACAAACACAACACAACCAGUUUUAUGUCACCCACUCAGGAAGCAAAAUCUGAUUGUUGGAAGUCCUCCUUUUCACCUGCAAAACUCUCACUAGACUUGGACCCAAAUCACGAGUAUGAAGGAAUUUUUACAAGAAAGAGAAAGAAGUUGUUGCAGUUAGUUGCUAAGGCAUCAGCCCAUAAAGAAGACAAGAUUUUAUCUAAGAAAUCAGAUUUGAUUCCAGGGUUCUGGAAGAGGUUGGGUAGUAGACGAAAAUCAAGCAAUCUUGAUGAGUCCCCUGAACGAGAGAAGAAGUUGCCAAGUGGUAAAUAUCAUUUACAUGCACCACUGGAAGCAUAUUGUGACAAUAGAGAACAAGAGACUGCAAGGGAAGACAUCCAACGUAUUCUAAGAAGAAAAUCGGAAAUGGCUUUGCUUGCUCCUAGGUGUAGUGUAUCGAAUAAGCUAAUUACUUUGCCAGAGAGUAAUGACAAAUAUCUCGAAUUUCCAACCUGUCAUGGUCUUGAAGUUGGCUCUGAGCAUCCUAGAUUGCAAUGGAUAUCAGUAUCUGAUGAAAAAAGAAAGUCACAGUUAGAUGAAAAGAUAUGGUAUCAAAAGACAUGUAACACGCUUCCCAAAUGUGAGGAGCUUAUGGGUUUGCCACAGUGUUAUCCUUUGAUCCAUACGUUUCCGACUUCUAAUGUUUUAGAUUCUAGCCUUGAUGGCGCACAAUGGCAUCCAAAUCCAGUACUAGAUGACGAAGGAAUUCUCGACAACUUAUCAGUUUCCGAAAGAUUCCAUGCAAUGGAUCUGAAGAUGAUUCCCGGUACAGUGAUCAAGGAAGAAGGAAUUUUUGAGAACAGAUCACUUUAUAGUGAAUACCACGGGAUGGGUCUCCCUCUGUCCAAAGAUAACGAGUCUUUUGCUUUUCCAAGUGAUAACCUUCAGUAUAUACCAGCUAGGCAUUCUGUUCAAACUGGACAUCAAGGCAAAAAUGAACACUCCAUUUCAGAGGAAAACAUGCUACCAGAAUUUGACUACUGGAUUGCAAACGACUUUCCUAAUAGGAGACAAGUCAAAUAUAAAUCAAUUGUCCCAUACGAUGAUUCUGCUUCUUCCUAUGAUCUCGGUGCUCGAGAUUUUUUUUCAGAGUUUGCGAAAGACAAGUAUAAUCCUCCUUUGGUACAAUGGAGCAACAACAUUAAGCCUGAGCAUCAAAAGAGAUUGGAUAAUUUGCCACUAGCGUUAUACAAUGCUCCAAAUUUAGUUGAUAGAACGGAAGGGCCACGGGCUAUUAAUGUUUCUGAAGGAGAAAUUAUCAGUUUACAUGAAAAUUGUCCCAUUUCAACUCCAAGAUCUAGUAUGAAGCAAGAAUGGAAUAGCUUACCCUCUGACCUCGAUUGGUGGCCAUUUUACACAAAAUUCCCAUUGGAAGGGAAACAGGCAGAUGGUGGAUUGGAUUGCCUUGCUUCUAGAAGUAGGUAUGAAGGUUUUGAAGGCAUUGGAAACUUAAUGGAUAUCCAAAGUCAUUUUUUGACCGAUUUUUCGUCUUUGGGGGCUAAAUUUUCUAUGGACAAGGAAAAGAGUAUUUUCAGUUUGCUGCCAAAGAGAUUAAGCUGGCACUGCCCUGAGGAUGGUUAUCCAAUGAAUGGGUAAGUUGGAUAUUCGUUUAUGUACAGUUUUGUUAAGGAAAAUGUACUUGUCAUGAUUUCUAAGUGAUAUUGUAAAAGAUGCACUAUCCCGAUAGUGACAUCUAAUAUUAGCAGGAAUUAUGUAAUUUUGACCUGUUAGUAAUUUUUCUAAGUUUGUGAACAUUACUGGAUUGUACGGUUCAUUGAUCAUGAGUAAAUCAUUUAUGUUCU